AUGCCCCUACAUGUCAAUUUAAACCGUGUGCCUGACAGAUGCGCACUAGUCACCCAUGUACCAGACUCCCUCGGUUAUAACUUGGCUAAUUCUGCUGCUCUUAUGAUUCUGCAGUGUUGUGGGUAUCUGAGCGAGAAGGAGGACAGUAGUCCAUUUUCAGACGGCAGCGGUCUCUCAAGGAACGGAAAAUAUGGGACAAAAACAUCCCAAAAAGCCAAAUUACGGGUGAUGCAAAACAACCUGUUCUUCGCCAUAGAGACGUGUCGAUGGGCUCUGUUCAUUCCCAUUGUGUGGCUGUUUGGGCUAGAACGGCGCAAACGCCCGCACAAGGAACGGAGGUUCUAUCCCUUGACCGAUCUCGUACAGUGCACAGGAGAUAGGGAAUCAACCACAGCCACUAGAUACACAACGAAUGGCACGGACACAGACUCAACCCAAAGUCUGAGCAGUGACGACGAACUGUUUCACAGUCCGUCGCCGACCUACGCGUUCACGGCGUCAGAUCACACCGCAGAGUGUACAGCCAGUACGACAUUUCAGACAGGGCCGUCGCAUACACCAUCACCGUGCGACAGUUUUGUACACACGAACACCAGGGCAUCCCAACGUCCACACACGCAUAGAGAUAAGAAGACCCGCGGAUCUGUGCGACAGCUACCGUCGGCUAGUGGUGAAGGGGGGGUGGUGGUUGACCUGACAGCCAGCCCAUCGAGUGCGGAUAGUGACACGGACGAGUAUACGGACGUAGACGAGUACUUUGAGCCGUGAACCUACAUCCACGCACAGUUAUCUGCGUAUCGUAGUUUAUUCUAACGCUUUUUGUUAGAGAUACAAAGAC